UUGCUUCUUUUCUUCUCCUUCACAGAAGGUUCCCUUUCCCUUUUUCUCUUGGCUUAGUAUUGACUCCUUGGGCUUUAAUAUUCAUAUCCUCUUCGCAUUUUUUUUGCCGUUUCAUUCUCUUAAAUAAAAGUGAGAGAGUGCCUCCCAUUUUCACUUCAUCGCGCAACUUCUCUUUAGUCUAAGAUUGUGCACGUCUAUGGAUCCUCGGUUCAAUCCGUUGCCUCAUCCAGUAAACACUUUCGAGUUCGAAGAUCAGAUCAAUUUGUCUAGCUUUGAGGAAUCACUGAAUCAUCCUCUCAGUUAUACGAAUGACUAUGUAGCUUUUGGUGCCCCUUACAAUACAUCAAGCCCAGACGUUGGUAACUUUGCUCCAUCCUCAAAUGUGAGCUCGGAAGUGGACUCUCCAGAUGAUCACGACUCUGAUUCUCUAUUCAAGUACCUUAACCAGAUACUAAUGGAGGAGAAUAUUGAAGAUAAGCCCAGCAUGUUCCAUGAUCCGCUUGCUCUAAAAGCUGCUGAGAAGUCCUUCUAUGAAGCCCUUGGCAAGUCGUACCCUCCUUCACCCUAUCGUACCUCUGAUUAUGUUGACCAUCAGUUAAAAAGCCCAGACAGCAUUUUCUGGAAUUCCAGCGAGCAUAGUACAAGUAGUAGCAAUACUGGUACUAAUUCCACCGAUACUCAAUGGGUUGUUGAUCCUGGAGAAUCUAGGUUGCCUGUCGAGAGUCAUCCAUCGGAAUACAACGUCCGACCUUUGGUGCAGAGUAACUCAGAGAGGUCCCGUGGUUCUUUAAAUAACUUCAAUAAUUCAAAUGCCCAUGUGGACUCUUUAGUAAAUCCUAAUGUUGUUUCAAAUGUAUUUACUGAUAGUGAGUCCAUCUUACAGUUCAAGAGAGGGAUGGAGGAAGCUAGUAAAUUCCUUCCAAACCUCAGUCAAUUUGUCAUCGAUUUGGAUAAUUAUACAUUGCCUCCAAAGAUGGAGGAAGUAUCCAAAGAGGCUGUCGUCAAGGUAGAGAAGGAUGAGAAGAAUCACUCACCUAAUGGCACGAAAGGAAGAAAGCAUCAGUAUCCCGAGGACAGUGAUUACGAGGACGAAAGGAGCAACAAACAAUCAGCAAUAUAUGUGGAGGAGGUUGAGUUAUCAGAGAUGUUUGAUAGGGUUCUGCUUUGUACAGAUAAGGGGACAGGAUGUGGUGAUGUCAAGUGUGAGAUGCCAUCUGAAGUAAACAAAAGUUCAGAUCAGAAUGGACAAGCACAUGGAUCAAAUGGUGGAAAAACUCGUGCUAAAAAACAAGGGACUAAAAAUGAAGCUGUGGAUCUAAGGACUCUCUUAAUUAGCUGUGCACAAUCUGUUGCUGCUGACGAUCGCAGGACGGCAAAUGAACAGCUAAAGCAGAUCAGGCAGCAUUCUUCACCCACAGGUGAUGCAUACCAGAGGCUGGCCAGUGUAUUUGCAGAUGGCCUUGAAGCUCGUUUGGCUGGCACUGGCACUCAACAAUAUGCUGCCCUUGCCCCGAAAAGGAUCACAGCUGCUGAGAAAUUGAAAGCAUACCAGGUUUACCUUUCGUCAUGCCCGUUCAAGAAAAUAUCAAUAUUGUUUGCGAAUAAAAUGAUCUUCCACACAGCAUCGAAUGCCAGGACAUUGCAUCUCAUAGAUUUUGGUAUAACAUACGGUUUCCAGUGGCCAAUACUCAUCCAGAUUCUCUCACAGAUACCUAGUGGGCCUCCAAAGCUUCGCAUUACUGGAAUAGACCUUCCCCAACCUGGCUUCAGGCCAGCAGAAAGCUUAGAACAGACAGGGAGCCGCUUGGCAAAAUAUUGCGAGCGCUUUCAUGUUCCAUUUGAGUAUAAUGCGAUAGCUACACAGAAUUGGGAGAAUAUUAAAAUUGAAGACUUGAAACUUGCAAGUGGCGAGACUGUUGCUGUGAACUGUCUUUUUCGUCUUAAGAACCUAUUGGAUGAGACGGUGGUUGUGGACAGUCCAAGGGAUGCAGUUCUGAGCUUAAUUAGAAAGAUGAAUCCAGAUAUCUUUGUGCAAGCUGUAGUCAAUGGAUCUUACAGUGCACCCUUCUUUGUCACUCGCUUCAGGGAGGCCCUCUUCCACUACUCAACUCUCUUUGACAUGUUUGAUGCUACUUUACCCCGUGAUGAUCAGCAGAGGUUGCAUUUUGAACAAGAAUUUUAUAGGCGCGAGGCAAUGAAUGUAAUUGCUUGCGAAGGGUCCGAGAGGGUUGAGAGGCCUGAGACAUAUAAGCAGUGGCAGGUCCGCAAUAUGAGGGCUGGAUUCAAGUUGCUUCCCUUGAACCAACAACUCAUGCAGAAGUUAAGGUGCAAGGUAAAGGGGGGAUACCACCGAGAUUUUGUGUUUGAUGAGGAUGGUAAUUGGAUGUUACAGGGUUGGAAAGGCCGGGUAGUAUGUGCUAGCUCGUGUUGGGUGCCAGCAUAGAAGUAUCUGAAACACGUUCAUUGUCAAACUCAAAAUCCUGAGGUCUCCAAAAAGAUCAUGGGAGGACUGCAUUCAUGCAUGAGAUUGCACUUCUGUAUUCAGCUGCUUUGGCCGGCGGCACAAUUUUCUUUUUAGUUCAUAGGAUGCUGUUAUGUAGCCAAAACCGAUGUGUUAUGUAGCCAUUCUGUACAUAAUGUUGUCCCUAGAAAGGAUUGGUUUUUGCUAAUCUUGAUUAAGCUUAGUAUGGUGAAACACAUAGUUGAAACUGUUUGUGCGACUUA